AUGAGUUACUUGUGUCCCCAGCAGAUGUAUGUGUUAGAGACCAGCAUGUAUAGGACAACUGCUCCACUUAUUUGCUUUGAUAUUGUUAGUGGCAUCGUCCCAACAGAGUUCUACGCCAAUUUGGUCUCCAACAGAAUUCCUAUGCAGUGUGAUAGUGAGAGCCUUCUGCUUAUCCCAAGGUUUUAUCCUGGAAGGCUGAUAAAGACUGCUGCUCAUGGGACGGUGUCACCUGCAGUGAGAUACUGGUCAUUUAUCGAGCUUGACCUCACCAGUAGCUACCUCUACGGUUCCAUCAACUCUAGUAGCAUUCUUCCACCUGGUCCAUCUCGAUGGCUUAGCCUUGGUGAUAAUGACUCAAUGGCUCCAAAUCCCCUCCAAAAGCCUGGUCUAAGAAGCCUAGUUGAGAAUUUAACCUACCGUCACGUCCUAGCUCUUGGUCAUGUCAAUAUUUCUUCUCCCAUACCUGAUAUCUUGGCAAAUUUAUCUUCGUUGACUACCUUAUCUCUCAAGGGGUGCCAAUUGCAAGGUAAAUUCCCUACAAAGAUAUUCCAAUUACCCAACCUACGCGUUCUCAGCAUGCGGUUCAAUGCAGGUCUCAAUGGCUCUUUGCCAGAAUUUGAAAACAACACCCCCCUCGAGGAAUUGAGACUUGGGAGCACGGGAUUUUCCGGUGAGAUUCCAUAUUCAAUAGGGAAUCUUAAUUCCUUACAGAUCUUGGAUUUAAGUAAUUGCAGUUUUUUUGGAUCGAUUCCGCCUUCACUUGGAAAUCUUACCAAGAUCAGGCUUCUUUACUUAAAUCAAAAUGGAUUUUCAGGUGAGUUGCCAACUGCUAUUGGAAAUCUUUCUUCUUUAGAAGAACUGGAACUUUCUGAACUACGUCAUGAUGAUGAGCGUUCUUCCUUUUUGCAGUUCAAGCAAAGCCUAGUUAUCGAUAGGUCGACUUCUUUUGAUCCUUCUGCUUAUCCCAAGGCUUUUCUGGUCAUAUGCCAUCACAGUUCUGUACUCUUCAUAUAUCAAAAUGAGAGAACUGAUCUUGUACCGGUGAGUUACGGUUACUCGUUGCGAAUGAGUACCAAAGGCAUAGAGUUGGAAUACGGAAGGAUCUCAAAUCUCCUCACAGCUAUUAUUUCCUCGAGCAGCAAAUUUGAAGCAGAGAUUCCAACAUCCAUUGCAAAUUUAACAGGGCUUAGUUUUCUUGUUUUUUCGAACAAUAAUCUCAAAGGCCCCAUCCCGCCAUUCAUGGAAAAACAAACAGCACUAGAAUCAUUGGAUCUUCUUAAUAACAAGCUCUCAGGACAGAUAUCUCAGCAACUACAAGAUCUCACAUUCCUUUCGCACUUCAAUGUCUCAAAUAACCAUCUCACAAGACCCAUACCAAAAGGAAAGCAAAUUUGA